AGACGGCGGGGAGCAGUUUCGCGGUGGGCGGAGCUCGGCGUUCUGCCUCGGAACGAAAGCGGUCGACGCGAUGCGGGCGAGAAAACAGCAAGCCCGAAAAGUGCACUGAAGUGGUUUUGCGCGACACGCUCGCGGAGUCCGGAUCGGCCCCCGACAACAACUCGAGCUCGGCGAGACGGAGGACCGACGCUCGGUGGUCAGACGGCGGCUUCUCGGGAUGUGAAGCCGCCCGGACGCCAAUUCGAGUCAAGCGGACGCCGACAGCCGGCCGGCCGGCCCGAUUGCAAGGUGGGGGCUACGAGGGUCGCUCUCCUGGCCUCGCCACGCCGGAGUGCGGCAUCGGGGGAACUGCGACUGGUGGGCUCGCGCUCCGGGAUUAGCGGCGACGACGACGCAGCGGAAUUCUCGGGGGAGCCGCCGCGGACGACGCUAACCGGGAAUUACGGGCACCCGGUCGCGGCCCUUCGGAGCGCUCUCGGGAUUCGCACGGGGACUAUGGCGGACGACGACGUUCUCUUCGAAGAUGUGUACGAGCUGUGCGAGGUGAUCGGCAAGGGUCCCUUCAGCGUGGUGAGGAGAUGCAUCAACAGAGAGACGGGGCAGCAGUUUGCUGUCAAAAUCGUGGACGUGGCCCAGUUCACCUCCAGUCCUGGACUCAGCACAGAGGACCUGAAGAGGGAGGCCAGCAUCUGCCACAUGCUGAAACACCCGCACAUCGUGGAGCUGCUGGAGACCUACAGCUCCGACGGGAUGCUCUACAUGGUCUUCGAAUUCAUGGACGGCGCGGACCUGUGCUUCGAGAUCGUCAAGCGGGCGGACGCCGGCUUCGUCUACAGCGAAGCGGUCGCCAGUCACUACAUGCGACAGAUCCUGGAGGCGCUGCGCUACUGCCAUGACAACAACGUCAUCCACAGAGAUGUCAAGCCUCACUGUGUGCUGCUGGCAUCCAAGGAGAACUCCGCUCCCGUCAAGUUAGGGGGCUUCGGCGUGGCGAUCCAGCUGGGAGAGUCGGGGCUGGUGGCCGGAGGUCGCGUGGGAACGCCACACUUCAUGGCGCCCGAGGUGGUGAAGCGGGAGCCGUACGGGAAACCCGUGGACGUGUGGGGUUGCGGCGUCAUCCUCUUCAUCCUCCUGUCGGGCUGCCUGCCCUUCUACGGCACCAAAGAGCGCCUCUUCGAAGCCGUCUGCAAGGGGAAAUGCAAGAUGAACCCGCGGCAGUGGAGUCAAAUCUCGGAGAGCGCUAAAGAUCUGGUGAGGCGCACGCUGAUGCUGGACCCCGCCGAGAGGAUCACCGUUUACGAGGCCCUCAACCAUCCUUGGCUCAAGGAGCGAGACCGCUACGCCUACAAGAUCCACCUGCCGGAGACGGUGGAGCAGCUGAGGAAGUUCAACGCCAGGAGGAAGUUGAAGGGAGCCGUGCUGGCGGCGGUGUCCAGUCACAAGUUUAAUUGCUACUACGGCGACCCCCCCGAGGAACUGCACGACUUCUCGGACGAGCCCACCUCCUCAGGGGCCGUGUCUCAGGUGUUGGACAGUUUAGAGGAGAUCCACGCGCUGACCGACUGCAGCGAGAAGGAUCUCGACUUCCUGCACAGCGUUUUCCAGGACCAACAUUUGCACACGCUGCUCGACCUCUACGAUAAGAUCAACACCAAGUCGUCCCCGCAGAUCAGGAACCCGUCCGGCGACGGCGUGCAGAGAGCCAAAGAGGUGCUGGAAGAGAUCUCCUGCUACCCGGAGAACCACGACGCCAAAGAACUGCGCCGGAUUCUGACUCAGCCGCAUUUCAUGGCGCUGCUGCAGGCCCACGACGUGGUGGCGCACGAGGUCUACAGCGACGAGGCGCUGAGGGUGACGCCGCCGCCCGCCUCGCCCUACCUGAACGGCGACUCGCCCGAAAGCGCCAACGGAGACGUGGACCUGGAAAACGUCACCAGGGUGCGCCUGGUGCAGUUCCAGAAGAACACGGACGAGCCCAUGGGCAUCACGUUGAAAAUGAAUGACUCCAACAACUGCAUCGUGGCCAGGAUCAUGCACGGGGGGAUGAUCCACAGACAAGGCACGUUGCACGUCGGGGAUGAGAUCAGGGAAAUCAAUGGCAUCAGCGUGGCCAACCAGACGGUCGAGCAGCUGCAGAAGAUGCUGAAGGAGAUGCGAGGCAGCAUCACCUUUAAAAUUGUGCCAAGCUACAGGACGCAGGGCUCCUCCUGCGAGAAAGAGUCCCCCACCGCGCCCGGGCAGUCCCCUGCCAAUGGCCACUCCAGCAUUAACAGUUCGAUCUUGGACCUGCCGUCCGCCAUCCAGCCCAAAGGACGACAGAUCUACGUGCGAGCUCAGUUCGAGUACGACCCCUCCAAGGACGAGCUGAUCCCCUGCAAGGAGGCCGGCGUCCGCUUCCGCGUGGGCGACAUCAUCCAGAUCAUCUCCAAGGACGACCACAACUGGUGGCAGGGCAAGCUGGACAACACCAAGAACGGCACGGCCGGCCUCAUCCCGUCGCCCGAGCUACAGGAGUGGCGUGUGGCGUGCAUGGCGAUGGAGAAGACCAAGCAGGAGCAGCAGGCCAGCUGCACGUGGUUCGGCAAGAAGAAGAAGCAGUACAAAGACAAAUAUUUGGCCAAGCACAACGCAGUGUUCGACCAAUUAGAUUUGGUCACCUACGAGGAAGUGGUCAAGCUGCCCGCCUUCAAGAGGAAAACGCUCGUUUUGUUAGGCGCUCACGGCGUGGGCAGGCGACACAUCAAGAACACGCUGAUCACCAAACAUCCCGACAGAUUCGCUUACCCCAUCCCGCACACGACGAGACCGCCCAAGAAGGACGAAGAGAGCGGCAAGAACUACUACUUCGUGUCGCACGAGCAGAUGAUGCAGGACAUCAGCAACAACGAGUACCUGGAGUACGGCAGCCACGAGGACGCCAUGUACGGCACGCGCCUCGAGACCAUCCGCGAGAUCCACCAGCAGGGGCUGCUCGCCAUCCUCGACGUCGAGCCUCAGGUCGGCCGCGUGAGCGGAAUUAUUUUUUUUUUUUUUACUAAGUUGUGGAUUUCAGUCCCAACGGCUUUGCCCCGCCCCGCUCAGGACGAGUCGUUGCAGCGUCUUCAGAAGGAGUCGGAGAUCCUGCAGAAGACGUACGCGCACUACUUCGACCGGACCGUCGUCAACAACGAGAUCGACGACACCAUCGGCCGCCUGGAGGAGGCCGUGGCGCUGGUGUGCGACAGCGGCCAGUGGGUGCCCGUCUCCUGGGUCUACUGAGGCCCGCCCGCCGUCGGCGGCGUCCCACAUGAAUAUUGUCCGUCUGCGCCGACUGGGACUUUUUUUUACGAGGCGUCGACCUUCUGACUGGAAAAGGAAAAAGCACACAAACACGCUUCCGCCCUCAUUAUUUAUUCUUGCCGCCUCCUACUUUUCCUUUCGUUUUUUUUUUUUUAAAUCCUCUCGCUCCACUGACGCCGUUUUGGACUUUCGAAAUCAAUCCAUACGUGUCGUUAUGAUGAUUAUUCUUAUUGGGGGGAAAAGAAGAGGCUGAGUCAUGCAUGUGGACGAUUUUGGUCGGUGUCCCUCUGCAAAGAGAUUUCAAAAAGACAAAAAGAAUCAAGGAAAUGCCGACGAUGUUUGAAAACAUUGCAGCUGGAAGAUGAUUGGCUGGACGUCCCUCCUGCUCGUCCAGCGUCCGUCACGUCUUUGUCACGUAGAAAAAAACCCGAUGUUUUGUUUUGGGGGGGAGCGGGAUGGUUUGUGUGCAAUGUGAUAGCAGCUUAUCAGUAUGAACGCCUUUUCGUUUGUUUGUUUGUUUGUUUGUUUUGAAUACAUUUCCGUUGAUGUGUUGGCCUAAUCAACUUUGGAGUGUGUUGUGCCCUUUUGUCCCGCCGCACAUACGCGCUCCUGCGUUUGAGAAAAAUCUAAGAACAAAAUCGUAGCGUAAAGAAGGGGAAAAGGCGCACUUUUAUGAGGGAGGAAAAAAAAAAAGCAAAAAGCACGUUACGAGCAAAAAGACAAACCUAAUUUAUCAACCAUCAUUUUAUCCCCAAAAAAUGCAAUAUGAUGGCAAUGGAAGUCAUAUUUUGAAGUGACAUGUAAAAUUUUGUGAAUAAAUGUGGAAUAUAAUCAGAAA